CCAGUGGUUCUCAUUGGGGACUCCGGAGUUGGAAAAAGCAACCUCCUAUCUCGCUUCACGCGUAACGAAUUCAACCUGGAGAGCAAAAGCACCAUCGGUGUAGAGUUUGCCACCCGGAGUAUCCAGGUGGACGGCAAGACCAUCAAAGCUCAGAUCUGGGACACGGCUGGGCAGGAACGAUACCGAGCCAUCACAUCUGCCUAUUACCGUGGUGCCGUGGGGGCCUUACUGGUUUACGACAUUGCCAAGCACCUGACCUAUGAAAAUGUGGAACGGUGGUUGAAGGAGCUGCGGGAUCAUGCAGACAGCAACAUUGUCAUUAUGCUCGUGGGGAACAAAAGCGACCUGCGUCACCUGCGAGCCGUUCCAACAGAUGAGGCCCGAGCAUUUGCAGAAAAGAACGGCCUGUCGUUUAUCGAAACCUCUGCUUUGGACUCGACAAACGUGGAAGCUGCUUUCCAGACCAUCUUGACUGAGAUUUACCGCAUUGUGUCGCAGAAACAGAUGUCAGACAGACGCGAGAACGACAUGUCUCCAAGCAACAACGUGGUCCCGAUCCACGUUCCUCCAACCACGGAAAACAAACCAAAGAUGCAGUGUUGUCAAAAUAUAUAACACGUUCAACUCCUGGAAAGCUGUGUAUAUUCCCCCCAGAUCUGAAUGGAAGUAGAGCUCGAGCUGACAUUACUUUUUUUUCUCUUGUUCUCCACUCUCUCCCCCUUUUUCUUUCAAUUACAUUUUGUCUUUAGUUUUUAAUUCUCCUCUUCUCUCCGUUCCCUCAUUUCGUCACCGUUUCUCCUUGUCUUCAACCUCAGUUCUGUGACUCAUCUCUUUUUCACACGAGGCUGCAGCAUCAUCGGAAUGCUAGUGUCCUGCAAGGCAAACCUGGUUAACCAUCACAGUGGAUCGCCUGCCUGCCUGACUCCCCUCAGGAAGCAGCAGAGAUGGGUUCUAUCCAACGUUAACCACUCAGACACUCCUAUCAACACCAUGGCAUGAUUUGAUAAACUCCCUUGUGUCCACUCUGGCCUCAGUGUUAGAUGCCGUCUCUCUCGGCUUUUCGCAUCCCGGUGCCCUGCACACUACAGCUCCCAUCAUCCCUUUUGGCCCCACCACUGGCCCGAGAUAAUGGGAGGUGUAGAAAAAUGGGUCUGGAAAGCCAGGUUGAGAAAGCCAUUCUUUCAUUCAGUGGGCAGUUGAUGGCCUGGGCCCUUGGCAGUUUCCCCUCUGGGCCCUUGGCAAUUUCCCCAAGGUCAAAUGCAAAUUGUUUGUUGGGUUGACUUACUUUCUGACCAGAGUUGUGAUCCUGUUUGGAUCAGGGAUCACCUCUGUGAACAUCUAAUGGCCUAAUGGAUUAGCAUCAUGAGCAGGGCCUCCGGUCCCUCCCUGGGCAGCUUGGUCCUGUGGUCUCACGUUUGGAAUUGGCUUUGUGGAGGCCACACGCGUGUAGCCUUUCGAUGGGUUUUUAUUCAGUCUGAACAGAUGGAUGACGUCUCCCCUUGCAAGCAAGGAGGGGAUCAAUCAUCUGGGUGACGACACCACUGUGUGAAUUAAAUUAUGGCAGUCCACCUGGCUCAGGCCCAACAUCUGUUGCCGGAUGUUGGAUGCCACGUAGUUGACCCUAAGAGGGAAGAGCCAUCUGGCUCUUCUGGCUAGCCCCUGUAGCUCGUCAUGGCAGUAGUUAGCGUGUCGCAUGAUCUAGUAUGGGCCCCGGGGGGGAUCAUUUUGCAUGUUGCACAUGUACAGGUGAUGGAGAAGGCUUGGAGGUGGGUGUUGCAACUCCUAAGAAACCCAGGCAUUUUAAUGAGAAUUGUCAGCAAAACUGGCACUGGUGCAUUCACACACCGCCAUCACCCGCCCAAGAUUUAACUUAAGCUGGUUUAAUUUCUCAGGGGCUCCCAGUUCCUGGCCUGGAAGCCCUCGGACCUCUUCAGUUGCACACUAAGAAGCCCCGGAGGCCUUCCUCAAGUGGUUGAGCACUUCUGGGUUUCUGGAGGACAUUCCUUUAUCUCAUUCCCCUAGGCAUUCCCGUUUCGGUUUGCAGCCCACACCGCCUGCUCGUCGGCAGCACUGUUCAAAAGAGGGGUGGGGUGUGCACACCAGCACAUACAGAAUUAUGCAGUCUUUGGGAAGCCCAACUGAAGAGGAAAGAGUCCCUGGUUUAUUGGGGGAAGGGAGGGAGGGAGGGAAGGAAAGGAAAGGAAGGGAAGGAAGGAAGUUUCUCGCAGAUCUGUUCUUCCUGCUGCGUUGAAAGCUACUCCACUCAGUUCGUCUGCCAGUCUUGCAGUGCUCAUGACGUGUAAGGCGCACCGAGGGCAUUGCUGUAGUCCGGUCAUCCUUUGGUUUUUUUUCCCCUUCUCCGGAGUAUUAUUUCUCUGCACACUUUUUUUUUUUGCUCUUUCCCUUCCAGCCCCCACUUUUUUUUUUUUUUUUUUUGUAAAUUGCUUUAUACUGUUAUGCACAUUCUGUACUUUGAAUAUUUUUUAAGAUUGAUUUAAAAUUAUUCAUUUUUGGAAUUCUAAUAAAAGAAUCACAGGGGAUUGUUCAGAGGUUGUGGAGUGAACUUACUUGGAAUUUAGACUCUGAGGGGCCUUUGAUACUUUAAAAAAGGGAAGAGUGCCCUUGAGCCUGCGGGAAGAUGAUUGGAAUUAACAUGUGAAUAAAUUACGCAGAUCAACUUGA